CCCAGUGCGCACUUUGCUACAUACAGAGCUCGCCAGGGCGUCCACUCUCCCGCUCUAGUCAUGCGCGAAUCUCCUCCGCCAUCGCAUCGACCGAAAUAAGAGUUGGAUUAAACGCGCGAUUGUCGCGGUCGAGCUCGGCGGUCUCGGCAGAUUUACGUACACGCCCCGCCGCCGCCGCCGCCGGGUCUGGCUCGACAUUCCUCCAUGUGUGACCGGAUUGCCUUGGAAAAAUCGAUUGGGGAAGGUGCUGCGGGCCGCGGUGUGGCUAUGGGCUGGAGCUAAUCGUUUCGGCAAGGUGGAGAGGAGUGGCGAAUUUGCGAAUCACUUACACCUCCGUCUGCGGCACCACCGUUAGUCCUAGGAAGUACCAUCAGAUACAAUGUCGUCGAAUAAAUUGCCAUCGCUCGUAGUCAAAUGACAAUAACUAGAAUAAAGUGCCGGGAGCGCUCAUGAGACAGUCGUGCCAUCGUCUGCUUGAGCACCAACACGCAGGGGGAGACGAACCCCCGCUUUACUCACCAGUAGACCAAAUUUCAGUGGUACCGGAACAUGUGGGCCGCGAGGCCGGCGGCAAGCUGACACGAUAUGCGCCGACGGAGGAAGACGAGGCGACACUCAGGGAACUUCUUCUUAGCCUUCAGAGACAGGUGAGCGUGAUGAGUAUGAAUCUUUCCGCCAAGCUGGACGAGUUACAGCGUGGCGACCGACAGCUCGAGACCACGGUCGCUCUAUGCGAGAUCCGCACGCAACUCCAAGAACUCACCAAGAGUGUUGAAUCAUGUCAAAGCGAGGUAUCUGAGGUAAAACGAGACAUGGUGGCCAUCAAGCAAGAAUUGGAUACUGUGCAGCAGGUGAAGGAAGAAAUCGAGGAGUUGCGAGAGUAUGUGGAUAGACUUGAAGAACAUACUCAAAGGCGGAAGCUGAGACUUCUUGAGCAAGGCUUAACAUUCUUCCUGUCCUAUGCCAUCUUAGCCGCAGUCCUCGGUAUGCUGCAAUUCGGUUACAACACUGGCGUCAUCAACGCUCCUGGCAGAAACAUCGAAAACUUUAUGAAAGACGUUUACAAGGACCGUUACGGCAAGGAUAUCCAGGAUGAUGCCGUCAACACUUUGUAUUCCAUCGCAGUGAGCAUCUUUGCAAUUGGUGGAAUGCUUGGCGGUUUCUCGGGUGGAAUGAUCGCAAAUCGAUUUGGAAGGAAAGGUGGAUUAUUGCUCAAUAACAUUCUUGGUAUUAGCGGCGCAAGUCUUAUGGGAUUCACAAAGAUAUCACAUUGCUAUGAAAUGCUCUUCUUCGGUAGAUUCAUCAUUGGAGUUAAUUGCGGGCUAAAUACGUCAUUGGUGCCAAUGUACAUAUCUGAGAUUGCGCCUUUAAACCUUCGCGGUGGACUGGGCACGGUAAAUCAGCUGGCUGUCACUGUAGGUCUGCUUCUAUCCCAAGUUCUUGGUAUCGAACAAAUACUUGGCACCGAUGAGGGCUGGCCCAUACUUCUCGGUUUGGCGGUAUGCCCAGCGAUUUUGCAACUUUUGCUCUUACCUGCUUGUCCUGAAUCUCCUCGCUAUCUGCUUAUCACACGCCAAUGGGAAGAAGAAGCACGACGGGCAUUGAGAAGAUUACGAGCUAGCAACCAAGUGGAGGAAGAUAUAGAAGAGAUGCGUGCUGAAGAAAGAGCUCAACAGGCAGAAGCGUCGAUAUCAAUGAGGGAGCUACUGUGUUCUCCUACUCUUCGCGCCCCACUGCUCAUUGGUGUCGUGAUGCAACUGUCGCAACAACUCAGCGGAAUUAAUGCGGUGUUCUACUACUCAACGUCUCUGUUUACUUCGUCGGGACUUACCGAAGAGUCAGCGAAGUUCGCAACAAUGGGUAUUGGGGCUAUUAUGGUAGGAAUGACCCUGGUCUCCUUACCACUCAUGGAUCGCACUGGACGCCGAACCCUUCAUCUUUACGGCCUUGGGGGAAUGUUUAUCUUCUCUAUAUUCAUCACCAUCUCAUUCCUUAUAAAGGAGUUUUUCGGCUAUGUACAGGAAAUGAUAGACUGGAUGAGCUACUUGUCCGUGGUGUCGACGCUAAGCUUCGUAGUGUUCUUCGCUGUGGGGCCUGGUUCAAUUCCCUGGUUAAUCACUGCCGAACUCUUCUCACAAGGACCUAGGCCGAGCGCAAUGGCAAUCGCCGUUUUAGUAAAUUGGAUGGCCAAUUUCGUAGUUGGAAUCGGCUUUCCCAGCAUGAAGGCCCUACUGGAAAACUAUACAUUCCUGCCUUUUAGUGUAUUCCUUGCAAUUUUUUGGAUAUUUACGUAUAAAAAAGUUCCUGAAACAAAAAACAAGACCUUUGAGGAGAUAUUAGCGUUGUUCCGAAAUUCAAACGGCAGUGUCAGAACAGUCGUCAGCUGGCGGGGAAGCGGGUCGGCCGCCUCCGCCGCUGCCACCGCCGCGGUUCCCGACGCCGGGCAACGUCUGACAAUGGGAGACCACUGCGCGUGCGCCCCUAGUUGCGCCGAUCAAGGCCGCCGCCAACUUCUUGUUUCAUGGACUCAAGCGCCAAGCGGUAGGCCGUGCCUCUAUCACUACCACACAACAAAUGUUCUAAAUUGAUGUGAUUAGGUUAUUAAAACGAAACUAGUAUGUAAGUCACGGCGUAAAUUUAAUAUAGUACUUUAGUCUGUCAUUUUAUGACAUAAGAUAUAAAAGUGCAUACCUAGGUACCGUGUAAGAUGGUUUCUUAUACCAUUUUCAAUACAUCAAAAAUUUUACUAAAUGAGAAUUUAAUUAAAAUAAAUUAAGAUGAAAAAGUUUCGAAUGAGGUUCGUAAUAUAAUCGAAAAGCAGGUUAUAUAAGGAAUACUUACUGCCAAGUAGAGUUCGUUUCAAGAUUCCAUAACGAAAUUAUCACUGUAUUCACGGUUAAUAAGAACAUUCUGUCAUUUGCUGUUAAGAAAACGAUUCUGACAUUUGCUGUUAAGUAAACGAUUCUGACAUUUGCUGUUAAGUAAACGAUUCUGACAUUUGCUGUUAAGAAAACGAUUCUGUCAUUUGCUGUUAAGAAAACGAUUCUGACAUUUGCUGUUAAGUAAACGAUUCUGUCAUAAAAAUAAGUAUUAAUAUUAAGUGAAAAAAUAUACAAUAACUAUAAACGAAGCCUAUCCUUCUUUUUUGUAAAAGCCAUUUCGUUAUAUAUUUUACCAUAAAAAACUGGUUCCUCGUUAACUAAAAAUUGCGUAAUAAAAGAUAUAAGAGACAAGCGUAAAUUUACAAAAACGCAAAAAUAUUAUUUAAGCGUUGGAUGAUUAUUUAUUAAUCUGUAUUUGAAUAAAGCUACAGUGCGUAGGUAGUUGCGACUAAAUCAUAGUUAAGUAAGAUCACAAAAUGGGUAUCACGAGUACAUUGACCUUAUUGGGAAAUGUAGUCACAUUGGGAACGUACCGUUGUUUGUACUAUAAUAUAAGUGACACGAGAUUAUGACUUACACACUAAUUGAAAAUUGUAUUGAAAUUUCAUUAAAAAAAAAUACCGAUCCUAAUCAAGAAUUUUAAAAAGUCGGACAUCUGUCAAGUAUGAAUAUUGUUUUAUGAGAAGAUAGACAUUAAAAGUUGGUCGUAAAUAAAAUCUAUGUUAAAACGUGAGUUUAAUUUUUAAAAAGCUUUAAUCUCGUGUCGAAUAGUAACAACCGGUGCACUAAUGCUUACGAAAACGAUAUUAUUAUUCACGCGUAUUGUCACGAAUAUGUACAAAAAACGUGCGUGACUUUAUUAUAUUAUGUAUUAUUGUUGUUUUUUUAUAAAAAAAUGGUAUAUUACUUUACGAAUGUUUUUAUUCUCCUUUUGCUCAUGAUUAUAAAUGAUUGUUAUACUUAUUAAUAAUACAUUAAAGUCAUAUCUAAAAUGGCUUCAUAAAUAAUAAUUAAUAUUGUAAUGAAUAUAAAUAAUUAUAAAUAAAACAUUAUUCUGGUCGAAAAUAAUUUAUUGCAGUUGCGGGAAUUGAGUAGUCGAGUUUAUUAAUUGAGUUUCACGAUGUGGUAAUUAUAUGUAGUUCAGAAUACCUUAUUAUUUAUCAUGUGCAAGUAGACUUUUUAAGUUCUAGUCUUAAGGAGUAAUAAAAAAUCGUAUUACUUUUGAUUGACGAAAAAUGUAGAGUACGGUAAGUUAUACAACUUGUGAAAACUUUUAAGAAUGUAAAGCUUUUACCUAGUACGCCCCUAGAUGACAAAAAAUAAUUAUUUAUUAGCUAGGGUCACUAGUUACUUCAGGGUUGUAGUCGAUUUCUGCCCAUCCGUGUGUCUCCUUUAACUGCUCAAUUCCAGAGACUUGAAAGCGGUGCGGCCAAGUCAAGAAGGUUUAUUUAAGCGGCCUAAAUUGUUUGCCUGGAUGUGCGUACGAUGACUGGCCAAUACACGUUCAUGUUUCUAUAUUUUAGUUGUUAAUUUAAUAAGUAAUUAAACUGUAAGUUGUAGAAAAAUAUACACGAGUUCUACUCAUUUUCACUUUCAGAAUUAUAUAGUAAUAAUAGAAUACUUUGGAUAUGUUUUUAGGAAAGUUCUGUGGCUUUAAAAUUGUUUCCUCGACAACACCGUUUGCAGCAUUUCAACACUAUUAGCCAUUUUACUAACAAUAAUCUCUGACGCACAAAAUGUUAACGCUAAAUCCUGCGCACAAUGUACAGAAUACGUAGAGAAUACCUACAACCUUAAUUCACAAUUGCACAAAAUAUUCUCCUAUCUUAUAUAUUUGAUUAGUUUUAUUGUGCAUUUGAUAUGUUCCUAUGUUUCUUUUAAUCUAAUUUAUGUAUUAGCUAUUUGAGAGUAUGUAAAUUGUAAAUGUAUCGUAAAAAUUAAACUACCAGCAUUACUUACAUCUCGUAGAUAUAUGAAACCCAACCUCUUGUAUUGAAAAUAGACUUAACAUGUAUAUUUAACGACGUCAAUUACACAGUUGUAUCUGAUUUAUAUAAUAGUUGUCUCGUUUUUCUUAUACAUUUGAGGCUCGCCAACUCUCGUGUCUUGUAUUAGUAUGUCUAUAUAAGCAUGUGUAAUAUACUCGUACUAUGUAUUUAGUCGAUAACUGGACGCAAGAUGCACGGAUGGCGCAUUUAUUGGGAGCCAAGCCCCAUCGCUAGUAAACUACAUAGACCCUUAAACUCUUCUAAGCACUAUCCACAGUUUUUGCCACAACUUAUCUGAAUUUAUUUUAAGUUUCAUUACGGUGAUUACCCCGUAAUUGUACAAAAGGAACUUGUAAAAUUUUAUUGGAACUAAUACUUGUUAUAAAAACAUUAAAAAUA